AUGCCCCAGGAGGCUGAGGGGGCUUCGGCCCAGGACAGGGCGAAAAAUACGGGGCCGUCCUGCUGGCCCCUGCUGGACCUGCCGCCCCCUGCCAAGCCCCUCCUGCUGGUGGUGGACGCUCUGGACGCCGGCCAGGCGGAGCGCGAGGAGGAGCGAGCCCCCCCUCCGGGGCCCAGCCGGACCAUCGCCCAGCUCCUGGGGGGCCACCUGCAGCUGCUGCCCCCCUGGCUGCUCCUCUGCACUGCCCGCUCCCACAGCAAGGGGGUGCUGCGCCUCUUCAACGGGUUCCGGCGCCUGUGCCUGGACGACCUUCGCCGGGAGCCGGUGGUCUGCGAUGUCCAGCAGUACAUCCUGGCGCGGCUGGACCGGGAGGAGCCCCUCCGGCGCCACCUGACCCGCGACACGGCCGAGGCCCUGAGCCAGCUGCACAUCAAGAGCAACGGGUGCCUGCUGUACCUGGAGCGGGUGCUGGACGGCGUGGCGGGCGAGCUGGUCACCCUGCGCGAGGUGCGCCACAUCCCGGGCACCCUCUACGGCCUCUACCUCUGGCUGUGCCAGCGUCUCUUCCCGGGCCAGGACUUUGCCCUUGUCCGCCCCCUGCUGGAGGCCCUCCUGGCCGCACCGCGCCCCCUGCGCCCCAUGGAGCUGUACGCCGCGGUGUGGACUCGCCGCCCGGUGCCCCGGGAGGAAUUUGAGGGCUGGCUGGCAUCCCUAGCGCCGCUACUGCACCAGGGACCCAGUGGCACCUGCAUCCUCUUCCACGCCAGCUUCGCCGAGUGGCUCUGCGACGUCAAGCACUGCACCCAGAGGUACCUCUGCUGCCCGGCCCGUGGGCACGCCUCCCUCGCCAUGAGCGCCUCGUGCCGCGCACCUGUGCUGCUGCCCGAGCAGGUGCAUGAACUGGCGCACCACCUGCUGCACGCCGAACUGGGCAUGGAGGCUUGGCAGCUGGCGCUGUGGCUGGUGUGGUGCGGGGCGCCAGUCGAGCGCUGCCUGGAGCCUGAGGAGGCGCUGCUGCUGCCCCUGGCACCCGCGGUGCUGGAGCUUCUGGUGCUGGCAGGGGCACGGAUGGGUUCCCAGGGGCCUGGGCCGUCGCUUCAACAGGCCCUCGAAAGGGAGGACUCAGUGCGGCUGCUCCUGGAAAACGGCGCCAGUGUCAACCAGCGGGACGUCACAGGGCGCACCCUGCUGGCCAGCGCCGCUCACAGCGGCAACCACGAGGUGGCGGGUCUCCUCCUGGCACGUGGGGCACAGGCCGAGGUCCCGGACCGGCACGGACAGACACCCAUGACCCUGGCUGCCCGCCAGGGCCACACCAAAGUCCUGCUCUGUUUGCUGGCACACGGCGCCCAGGUAGAUCGCCCUGACCGGGAGGGCUGGACGGCGCUGCGGGCAGCCGCCUGGGGGGGCCACGGUGAGGCCGUGGGGGUCCUGCUACGAGCCAGCGCCAACGUGGACUGUGCUGACGCAGAAGGGAGGACGGCGCUGAGGGCGGCGGCCUGGGGUGGCCACGAGGAGAUAGUUGCCACACUGCUGGAGCAUGGAGCUGAUCUCAACCGGGCAGAUACAGAGGGACGCACGGCACUCAUUGCGGCGGCCUACAUGGGGCACCGCGAGAUUGUGGCGCUGCUGCUGGCGCACGGAGCCCACGUGGACCACGCCGACGUGGACGGGCGCACGGCCCUGUCGGUGGCGGCCCUGUGCGUGCCUGCCAGCCGCGGCUACGCCAAGGUGGUGGAGCUCCUCCUGGACUACGGGGCGUCCCCGGGGCACAAGGACCGGGAUGGCAUGACCCCCUUGCUGGUGGCCGCCUACGAGGGCCACGCCGACGUGGUGGAGCUGCUGCUGGAGGCCGGGGCGGACGUGGAUGAGGCUGACGGGGCUGGUUGUGCCCCUCUGCUGGCAGCCGCCUCCAUGGGCCACCGUGCCGUGGUGGACACCUUGCUGCUCUGGGGGGCAGCCGUCGACGGGCUGGACGGCGAGGGCCGCACGGCACUGGGUGUGGCCGCUGGGCAGGGCAGCGAGGCGGUGGUUCGGGCGCUGCUAGAGAGAGGCCUGGACGAGAACCACCGGGACGCCCUGGGCUGGACCCCACUGCACCUAGCCGCCUGGCAGGGCCAACGCAGGACGUGCGCUGCGCUCCUGGAGGCCGGGGCCCGUGUGGCGGAAACGAACAGAGAUGGGAGGGUGCCCCUGAUGCUGGCUGCCCAGGAGGGCCACACGGACACCGUGCAGCUCCUGCUGGACCGCGGCUCCCCCAUCGACCAUCAGGGCUACGACGGGCUCUCCGCCCUCUCGCUGGCCAUGCUGGGCGGCCACCGACCCACGGCCGAGCUGCUCCUGCGCAAGGGGGCCGACGUCAACCUCUCGGACGCCGAGGGGCGCCCCAUGCUGUACCUGCUGGUGCUCGAGGGGCGCCUGGAGAUGGCGGAGCUGCUGCUGGAGAAUGGGGCUGGGCUAGAGGGGCAGGAUGCCCAGGGACGCUCAGCCCUGCACGUGGCCUGCUGGCAGGGCCACUCUGAGGCGGCGCAACUGCUGCUGAGCUACGGUGCCGACGUGGACGCGUUGGACAUGGAGCGCCGUUCUGCCCUGCACCUGGCAGCCUGGAGGGGCCACGCCCAGAUCGCCCGGCUGCUGCUGGAGGGCGGGGCUCAUCCUGACCAUGCCUGCAACCAGGGGGCCACAGCGCUGGGCAUUGCCGCCCAGGAGGGGCAGGCAGAGGUGGCAAAAGUCCUGCUGGAGCAUGGGGCCAGCCCUGGCGUCCUUGACAGAGCUGGCCGGACCCCACUGCGUGUGGCGGCCAAGCGGGGCCACCGGGACGUCCUGCGGCUGCUGGAGGGGCAUGGGGCUGCGCCCGGCUCCCCGGGCUCCGUGGGCAGCUCCCCCUCGGCCUCGCUGGACUCGACGGCAGGCGAGCAUCCCAAGUCGCAGGCCUCCCUGUGUUCCUCGGGCGCCGCCACCUCCUCCACUUUUCACUCGCUGGCCACCGCGCAGACGGUUCCCGUGGACACCCUCAGCUUCGCCCAGCAGAUCCAACAGCACUCACUGCCUCGCCGGCGCCAGGCUGCCCUCGCUGCCCCGCCCCGACCCACAGUGGCUCAGGACAAGCACAACGGGGAGGCUGUGGGGAGCCCCUUGCUCCUCUCCAUCGACACCCUGGACCCCCACCUGCACCUCAAGGCAGCUAUCAAGCUGCAGUUUGAGGGCCCCACCUGCGGCUACGAGUACAAGCAGGAGACGCCCCUCUGACAGGCACUGGGGGGGACAGGGGCAUUUUCGUGAGUGUGUCUGCUAAUGCACAAAGGCCUUGGUGAUGGGCACUGCCACCACUUGGGGGUGGAGAGGCAGGGUGUCUGGUUGCCUCUCCCAGGACGGCACUAGUGAGGAAACGGGUUGUGGGAUGUGUGGGUUAGGUUCAUGGUCUGGGGGGCAGAGACCGGAAGGCAGAAAUCAAGCCCGGCUACAUAGCACAAAGGAUCACCAUCUAGGGGGCCGAGCGGAUAGGGGCACUUUCCCCACGGCUCCCGGCAACACAGUCGAGGUUGCCAGUUUGGGAAGGUGGACAGAACACACGAAAAAGGUUAACAGCUCCUGAACUUGAACUUUGGGGCUGUGGAAAUGGUGUUUGGGGUUGGACAAGAGCCAAAUUCUGUGGUUAGGAUUUCAAGGGAGAGGAAGGUUGGGCAUGUGUCUUUCAGCAGGGAGGUGCCCGCUGCGUGUUCCUGUGCUGGCUUGAGGUCCAAUGCCAGGCUUGCCUUAACCACCUUGCCCUCUCUCUCACUGGGAGGUGGCGCCUGCUCUGCCAUGGGGUGCAGUUGAGGGGGCCAUAUCAGUGGGAGCCCAUCCCCAAAGGGGUUGCCACCACCUGUGCAACAGUAGACUGCCUGCCGCCACCACCUCUAGGCCCAACCAGAAGUAGAGGCGGCCUCUAGCUCUCCAGAGCAGGGCUGGCAGUGCAGGUUCUCGGCUUCUUUCCCUUCAGUGCCCCCGUGGUUGUAUUUCAGAACUUGCAGAGUCAGGAGGGACCACCGGGUCAUCUAGCCCAACCCCACGCAAUGCCAAGACGGGCUAUUGGUGGCCCUUGGAGAAAAAGCACAGGGGACCUUCUCCACAGCCACACCCCAAGAAAUACACAUAGCCCACCUCUCCCGGGGUCCCUGGCUCAGGCCCUGCCUUUGGGCCCCGUGGCCCUUCGGUGCCUGUAGGUGGCCAGCCCCUCCCCCACCCCUGGUGCUGUGACCAUAUGCUGCCUUCAUUGGUGUCUUAACCACUUCUUUAAUGAGUUGCCACAAGUGACUUUGGAACCACUGGAUACCAAAAAUGGCUGGUGGGAGGGAGAGCGCCCGCCCUCUUUCCCUUGUGGGGCAGCCCCCUCCCUGCCCAAUGCCUCCUGCCUGCCUCUGGGAGCCGGCCAGCCAUUCUAGGGGGGGGGGUCGCCUCCUUGCUGGGGCCCAAGAUGCUGACCAUGGUGCUUCGUUGCUUCUCCAGGGACCCUUGUGGCUCUCCUUGAUUUGCAGAACUCCCACCAUCAAUAAAGGUCCAACUCUGGAAA